AUGUCUGCUACCACAAAGUACGAUUUUACUGGCCGAGUUGCUCUCAUUACCGGUUCCAGUUCUGGAAUUGGGGCAGCAAUUGCUAUUCAAUUUGCCUCUUAUGGAGCACAAGUGGCAAUAACUGGACGCGAAGUUGCAAACCUGGAGAAAGUAGCUCAGGAAAUCGAAAAAGUGUCAGGCAAAAAACCAUUGCAGAUUAUUGGCGACCUUCUUGAUCAUUCAGUAGCAAAGAAGCUAAUUGAUGAAACUAUUGCCAAAUUUGGCAGACUAGACGUGCUUGUCAACAAUGCAGGGGGCGGCCAUCCUAGUGAUGCAAUUGAUAAGCCAAAUGUGAUGGAUGCAUAUGAUAAGAUAAUGGACCUCAAUGUUCGCUCGGUUCUGCAACUUACUUUGUUGGCUGUUCCUCAUUUGGAAAAGGUCAAGGGAAAUGUUAUCAACAUUUCAUCAGUUGCCGCCAUACAGCCCAUGUCUCUUGUUUAUUCAACAAGCAAGGCUGCAUUGGAUAUGCUCACUCGCGCCUGUGCUUCUCAACUGGCUCCAAAAAAGAUCCGAGUUAACUCAAUUAAUCCAGGUCCAGUGAAAACGGCGAUUUUUCGUUCAAUGGGCAUAACCAGUUUUCCUGAAGAACAAAUUUUAGAGAUGAUAAAAAAACAUUGCCCUCUGGGUGAAAUUGCACAACCUGAAGAAAUGGCUCACUUGGCUUCAUUUUUAGCUAGUGAUCUAGCGGCAAAUAUGACUGGCAGCAUUGUUGUUUCUGAUGGUGGAAUGCUUAUUAGAAACAGUAUGAAUGCCUAA